AUGACAGAUGAUCAAGAAGCCAAAGAACAGAACUCAUCCCACCCCACAAGCAUCAUCACCAAUAGUCAAGCAACGAUAACCCCUAAACCCAUGAACUUCUUGUGGUGGAUUAGAGUGGCUCUCUACUCACUCUUUGUGCUCUCUGGCCAAUCGGUGGGCACGCUCCUUGGGAGGCUCUACUACACCAAAGGAGGCAGCAGCAAGUGGCUUGCCGCAUUUGCCCAGCUUGCGGGCUUCCCAAUCCUCCUCCUCCUCUACUUCAUCCCCACACCCAAACAACCAAGUGACCCUAAUAACCCACAAAUCCAAAUAGAUGCACAAGCUCAAUCUCAAUCACAAUCAACCCCUCUCAAGAGCCUUGCCCUUGCGUACAUCUCUCUUGGGACACUUGUGGCCCUAAAUGGCUAUUUAUACUCAGUUGGCCUCUUGUACCUCCCUGUCUCCACCUUCUCCCUCAUUUGCUCCUCCCAAUUGGCCUUCAAUGCCCUCUUCGCCUUCUUCCUAAAUGCCCAAAAGUUCACCCCCUACAUCACAAACUCCCUAGUCCUCCUCACCAUCUCCUCAGCCCUCCUUGUGUUCCAAUCAGAUUCAGAAGACCACAAGGGGGUUUCCGCAGGGAAAUAUGCACUAGGGUUUGUGUGCACCAUUGGGGCAUCAGCUGGUUAUGGUCUUGUCCUGUCCUUGACCCAACUUUGCUUUAGCAGGGUCAUAAGGAAGGUGACGCUUAGGGCAGUUUUGAACAUGAUCGUGUACCCAUCUUUAUUGGCUAGUGCGAUUAUUGUGGCGGGGUUGCUUGGGAGUGGUGAGUGGGAGCAUCUGGGGAGAGAGAUGGACGAGUAUGAGCUUGGCAAGGUGAGGUAUGUGAUGAACUUGGUCGGUACGGCAAUUUCUUGGCAAGUGUUCACCAUUGGCACAAUUGGGUUGAUAUUAGACGCGUCGUCUUUGUUCUCGAACUCGAUUAGUGUGGUGGGCUUGCCGAUCGUGCCCAUUUUCGCGGUCGUGUUCUUCGGGGACAGCAUGGAUGGGGUCAAGGUGAUGGCUAUGAUCUUGGCCGUUUGGGGGUUCGUUUCUUAUGUCUACCAAUAUUAUUUGGAUGAUGCCAAGCUGAAGGCUCAAAGGACAAGCGUUGGUGGGGAUGAAACUAGUGUGGGAUCGGCACUAAAUGCUUCGAUUGCUAGGGUUGGUGAAUGA